AUGCCGACCAUAGACGAAAUGGAAGCAUUCAUCAACUGGGACGGCAUCGAUCCAGCGGCCAUGCCAGGUGCCCGCCAUCCCAACGACCUGGAUCUGGCUUUGGAGAAUGUCGAUGAUGAUGACUUCGCCGGCUGGGCCCUACAGCACUACGAACACAGCAACCCACUUGGCAUAGGAAAAACAACAGAUGCCAUUCCCAGCCUCGUCUCGCAAUCUGGGGAUCCCAUCGUGGCCUUCGAAGACUCGUUUGAUAUGCCUCCCUCCCCUUGCACUCACUGUCAGACCAAUGGCUAUCAGUGCAAGCGCAUCCAUGAGGGUAGCUACAAGGGAUAUUGCACAAGCUGUGUUGCCUUGAGCCGCGUCUGUAACUUUGGACUGUCUGAUCAGCCAACACUUCCUCGGAGCCCAGGAUCGACCACCUCUAUCGAAGAGCAAGAACAGCCUUCCACUGCUGCUGCUGUUACACCCGCUACCAAGGUCAAUGGUCGGUUCUCGCGCGAGUCCAUCAAGAUCCUCAAGAGCUGGCUUUCCACCCACCACAAACACCCAUACCCCAACGAUGAAGAGAAGGAAAUGCUACAAAAGCAGACGGGCUUGAACAAGACACAAAUUACAGGCUGGCUCGCCAAUGCUCGUCGCAGAAGAGGCAAAACUAUGGGCGCCCCGCGGUCCAUCUCACCCGGCGUACGGAGCUUGUCCAACAAUAUGGACAUCCCACAGAGACGCCCCCAACUGGAGCUCAUGAACCCGCUCCAGCGUUGGCAGGUCUCUCCCCCAGAACACGAACCCGCCUCGGUGACUGCCAUUGCCCGUGCCGUCACUGCCUCGGCAACUACCCUUUCAUCGGGUAGUCCACACAGCAACUGCAACAACUUCACCGAUGAUGGCUCCAGCAGAUCAUUGUGUGCCGCCUCCUCGGCUAGCAGCUUCAACACGUCCAUCUCCAGUGGCUUGUCAUUUGCCUCCGCAUACUCGUACGGAACUCAUGACUCCCUUGGCUCUUACGGGUCGUCUAUGAACCGUGGCCGUAGGCGGAGAAGGAGAAAGGCAGCACCAGUGCCGUCGGGGAAAAAGAGAAAUUCCCUCUCUGCGCCUCUCAAGACUUUCCAGUGUACUUUCUGUACAGAGACGUUCAGAACCAAGCACGACUGGCAAAGACAUGAAAAAUCCCUACACCUGUCUCUCGAAAGAUGGGUAUGCGCCCCUGAAGGCCCUCGAGCUUCCAACCCUGGCAAUGGCCUAGUGUCUUGUGUCUUUUGCGGAGAGGCGAACCCGGAUGAAGCCCAUAUCGAGAGUCACAACUACUCUAUCUGCCAGGAGAAAACUCAAGAAGAGCGGACUUUCUACCGCAAGGACCAUCUCCGUCAGCAUUUGAAGUUGGUCCACGACGUAAGGUUUGUGAACUGGUCCAUGGAGCAGUGGAAAGCAACUACGCCCGAGAUCCGGUCCCGAUGUGGUUUCUGCGGCAUCGUCAUGGACACUUGGAGCAUCCGCGUCGACCACUUGGCGGGCCACUUCAAAGCUGGUCAGACAAUGGCCGAUUGGAAGGGUGACUGGGGUUUUGACACUCCAGUUCUCGAGAUGGUAGAGAACGCCAUCCCGCCAUACCUGAUUCACGACGAUAGAAACUCACCAUGCCCAUACACAGCUACCCAAGGACCUACCGAGACAGCCCGUAACGCGUAUGAGUUAAUUAAGAACGAACUGAUGUGUUAUCUCGCCAAUGAACGCGACGUCAAGGGUAGGGCACCUACGGAUGAAGAACUCCAGGUCGAGGCAUGCAGAAUCAUCUAUGCAGCCGACGUCCAGACGGACCAAAGCAUCUCUGCCAUCCCAUCUUGGCUACGAGACUUGCUUCUUUCUUCCGAGCCAUUGGCCAUGCAGGCAAGAAUGGCACCUAUCCGAUCGGCAAACGAGAGCCGCCAAUCAGUCCUUUGUAUCAACGGCAAGAGCAACAUCUUUGAGGAUGACCCGAUGGAGCGCGAGCUUCACGAGUAUGUGAAGGCUCGUCGGCUACUCGGCUUAACCGCUAUGGAUGGUGAGUUGCAGUAUGAGGCCUGCAACAUCAUCGGUCGCAUGGAGGAGUCGUCUAGCCAUCCCUCUGAACAUGUCGCCAACUUCCUGCUGCGUCUCAUUUACGGGUCUGCAAGCUGGCUCGCCGAAUUCCGGCAGCGAGCUGUCUUGCCACGAUCUGAAGAUGUCGGGGACGAGGCAAGGCGCUCCACAGAUCCGUCCAAGAUCGAUUCGACCAUCCACAACUACAGCCGACUGGAGAGGGAGCUGGCCGAGUUCUUGCACAUGCAACGCUCGAUGGGCCUAGAGCCUACUGACAUUGACCUACAAAACAAGGCCCGUCUCAUUAUCUACGAGUGUGACGACAGUUGGAACCAAACAGCCGCCGACAACAGUGACUGGCUCACAGCUUUCAAGCAACGACAUGUGUCUCCAGAAGCCAGCGCCGUAGCUUUGGCCACAUGCGAGCCGUUGACGCUCUCAUCAGUGUCCCAGAACCGCUGCACCCCGUUGAUGGACAUGAAAACAUGGAUGAACAGCAGCUGCUUUGGUGGCCCUCGCAAUACUUCCCUUGGAAGCAUAGGUACUCCAACCUUUGACACCACGGCAGGCGUAGACGGACACAUAGGCAAACCCAAUAGCGCCGUCAAGAUCGGCCCAUACUUCUUCAACGACGCCAACUGCUACCGCAGGCUGGCUCGCGAGCUGGGCGCAUAUGUGGCAUCAGUCACGUCACCAAGUUCCCCAGACUGUCAUAUCCCCAGUGAUGAGGAACUCCAACGCCAAGCACGUUGGAUCUUGUAUCAGGAUGACGACCCCUGGAACCAAACCGCCGCCGACAACGCCGAGUGGCUCCGCCGCUUCAAGCGCGACGUCGGCAUCCUCACCGACGCCUCUCUGCCGGGCUUGCCCGAAUGUACCCAAUGGAGCGCCGCUCAAGGCGGUUCAGGGUUUGAGCCACCUUACUUGUUCCCCAACCCCAGCGCCCAAGUCACGACGGUGGAAGCGGACAUCCCUAUCAAAAUGAAAGAAGCCAAACGUAUGUUUGUCGCGGAGAGACAGACGGCUAAUAAAUAUGCGAGGGGAUUCAAGACCAGGUGGCAGAGACCUGCUGUGGUAUUCUGCUCCAGGGAGUUGGAGAAGGGGUUGGUGGAGUUUGUUACGAGUCGUGUGAUGGGUAAUAGUGAUGGUGGCGGAGGAGGAGGAGGCGGCGGAGGGAUAAGGGGGAUGUUCCCGAGUGACGAAGCUAUUCGCGUCAAGGCCAGGGAGAUCCAGAAGAUGAAUACCACGUCGGCGGAUGAUGCGGUGCUACUAGAGAUGUUCAAGACGAUGAUGAGGGAGAGGCUGGGGCUGACUUCGGCAUUGGGUUCGGCUUCGGCUUCUCUGGGGUCCGCACAGGACUUCUCCGGGAUGGGUGGUAGUGGUAUGGGUAUGGGACUGAUACAAUCUUCGUCGGUUGAUACUUCGGUGGUGCCGUCGCCGACUACAGCUGCCGGGUUUAGUACUGGAACUACUGCCAGUCCUGAUCUGAGAAUGGGCAUGGAUUUCAGCAUGGAUCUGGGUUUGAAUAUGGGGGGUAUCAGCAGCUCUAUGAGCAACAUGGGUACCAUGGACAUGGCGAAUCUAACGGACUGGUCAUCCUCAAGUUUGAACAUGAUGGGACUCGGAACGAGUAUGGCUGAUUCUUGCACCAACAUGGGCAUGGGUAUGGGCAUGGGCAUGAACCUCGACAUGCCCAGCACGACCAUGAGUACAAGCAUGCCCACCAACACUGAUAUGGGUCUGUUGGGAGUAACAGGAGGAGUGGCAGCAGUUGGAGGAGGGGGGCAAGAUAUGAUGAUGAUGUUUAAGGAAAACUCGUAUGAGAUGGAUGAUCUUUUACAGGCCCAGUCAAGCUUUGGGUUUUCUUCUUCCAACGACGACGAUUUGGCGGUCAUGGGAGGAAUCGGCCAACUAUAA